UAUGCGUGCUUAUUUGGGGAACACGUUUGCCAACCGUGCGCGCAGUGCUCUUAUAAAACAUUUGAAGAGCUCCAUGCGCAACAGAUCGUACCGAGGUGUUCUGAAAUCAGCACAGCCGACGUAGCCCCUUGGCUCACUCAGGGAUAUUGUGGAUAUUAUACUCCGUGGAGCAUCCGUUUGGUAGCAUGACAAACAGGGCCAUUCGGGAUGCAGACGAUCGGGAGAAGCCCCCUCUCAGUCAAGCAGAGCUGAUGAAGAGGAGGAACAGGAUGGCGAUAUGGCUGGUACUGGGCAUGUUCUGUCUGUCCCUGGUCCUGGUCAUUCUGGGGAUCUACACCACCACUCGCACAGAGAGCCUCAGCAUCACUGGAUAUGCCUCUGGAGUCAUUUUGGCGUUUGGAUCCUUCCUGGGUGUUCUUGGACUCUGCCUGGAGGAAAACCGAAAACAGCUGCUUGUGGCGGCCAUUGUUUUCCUCAGCUUCGGAAUCAUUGCCUCCUUCCUGUGUCUGGUGGUGGAUGGUGUCUUCAUCGUUUUCAACAUGGAUGUCCGUCCUCUGAAAGCAGGAAGAUGCCAGUUUUACACGAGUGGAAACAGCUACAUCUAUGAGAAUUACUAUGCCUCUGUGCCAUGCCAGGGUCUCACGGAGUCAUGUAAGAUGAAAGUACGCAGUGGGACCUGCUACUGCUGCGACCUUUAUGACUGUGCCAAUGGGGGCUACAUAAACAACUACUAUGAGUUUGUGGGUGUGCGGAGCUGCGGUGAUGUGCUGUCCCUGUACGUGUUGAUCUGGGUGCUGACCAGCCUCAACCUGGUGGCCUUCUUCCUGGGUAUCCUUACCACUGCCGUGCUGGGAAGCAUCAAGGACAAGAAGAGCAGCUCAGUGACCCUGUUGACCUCGCAUUUCUCAGAGGGGGGAUUUCGCUCCUCCCCCACUGCCCCCCUGCUGAUGGACAACACAAACACAGGACACCAACACCUCUACCCGAGAACCUCCCAAUACUUUGCCCCAGCAGCGGGGACAGAGUUCCCCCAGAGUGAUUCGUCAGUACCCCCCGUCCAGACCCCAACCCCUCUCUAUAACCUGCUGCCCUACAAGCCACAGAGCUUUUCUGUCUGAAUUAACCUCCCUACUCCAGCAUUCCAUGACCAACUUGUCAUACAACUACGGAGUUUCCUCCAGACUCUCCUGGCCCUAGAAGUCACAUGACAUCCAGGGGGAUUCAUAUUUUAGAGUUUGUUUUGUAUGCUGUAAAAUAUCUGUAUAUGAAAUGUAAAUAUUUUGAGCAAUUUUGAUUGAUUUGCCCAAAAAAUGUAUGGCUUAUGACAUGCUUCUACUAUUUAGGAAAAAGGUGAAUUAUUCAAGACCUUUUUUGAAAUGUACAAUUUGCCAAAAUACAUUGACUUUUUAUUCUACAUCUUAAACUCAACUGUAUCUGCUAAUAAAGUAAUAAAGUAA